AUACCUAGUUUGCACUUUGCAUCGUAUAACAACUUUACCGGAUCUUAUAUAAACGAGCAAGAGCUUGAGGUUUCAAUUUCAAGCUUAUCAGAAAUUUGAUCGCGCUUUUUGAACAACACACAGCAAUUGAAAAAUGGACCCUUCUAUAAUGAAGCUGCUUGAAGAAGAUGAGGAUGAAACUAUGCAUUCUGGUGCUGAUGUAGAGGCAUUUACAGCUGCUUUGAAUAGAGAUAUUGAAGGGGACACUUCUGUGAAGCCUCUCCCUUCUGAUUCUGAUAAUGCAGCUUUAUCUCAAGGAAGCAACCAUAACCCAGGCCAGUUGUUUCCGCCGUGGCAAGCUUCCAGCCAAAAUGAGAAUGCCAGUCAGCAAGUUGUAAAUGUUUCCCAACAGGAGCUACAUGCUUCUAUAAGCGAAGUAAAUCAGCAUGGUUCUGCUACAGAGAAUCAGCUACAACAACAGAUCGACUCGAAGGAAUUAAAUUGCAUUCCCAUGCAACAGAAACAGUCUCAAGACAGUUUUCCGCAACAGCAGACUGAACAGAAGAAUCCACAUGUAUCACAAUCAUCAAGUGUCCAGAACCCAGACAGGAUUACUGCUGUUGGUCAAGAACCGAAUAAAGCACAGGAUCCAAGUAGCAUAUCUCAGUACCUUCGGUCACAGAAGAUGAAUAGUCAACAAGCUGCAGCAACAAGUCAGGCUAAUAAUGCUUUGAAAAAUGGAAAACAAGUACCAUUUGCCAUGUUAUUUCCAGUUAUAGAGCCACUACUUGAUAAAGACAAAGCCAUGCAACUUAGAACUAUCUAUAAUAGACUAAAAAAAAAUGAGAUCUCCAAAGAUGGCUUUGUAAAGCACAUGAGAAGUCUGGUGGGUGACCACAUGCUCAAGCUGGCAGUUGUAAAGCUGCAGGAACAGGCUCCUCGCAGCUCACAAGUUGCACCAACACAAGCUGCCUCACACUCUCAGGUUCCUGCUCAACAACAGCAUAUGACAAUGCAAUCUGUUAGUGGCCAACAGUUUUCUGAAUCUCACUCGUAUUCCCAAAUUAAUCAGAAGGGUCUCAACUCUUCAGUAAACCCAUCUGGUCCCUCUCCGGUGAUACGAGCACCAAUUGUUUCAAGCAAUACGGCAAUGGAUAAUAAUGCCCAUAUUUUGCAUGAUAUAAAACAAGAAAGGGAGCGCCCCAUUGCAAUACAGGGACUUAAUAAGCAGCAGCAGCAACACAUGCACUUUUCUCAGUCCUCUAUUCCCCCUUAUGGAACUACUACAGGCAGCAAUUAUAACCAAUAUGCUGGAGGAAAUAUGCAUAGCUCAAUGCAAUCUCUUAAACAGCAGCCUCAAAAUAUGCAGGCAAGGCAAGUCCCAAUUCAUCCAGGCGUUAGCACAAUGCAGUCAAUUGGUGUGCCCAAGUAUGAGAAGCAGAACACUUUCACUGAACCCAUGAGAGUGCAAGGACAUUAUGUGAAACAAGAGCCGAUCGAUCCAGCAAAUGAGCAACAACAGAAAUCUCAGCUGUCUUCUUCACAAGGGCAAUCUAGGGCAGGCUUCUCUACAUCAACCAGUAUUAUGCAGUCAAACGCAGGACUAUCAUCUAUUACAACCCAGAUGGACCCAAGUAACUCGUUAGGUGCCCGGUUAGCAUCAACUACACCUUCAGUUGGACCUGGAAGUAUAGCUAAAACACCCAUGAAGAAGGCCAUUACUGGUCCAAAAAAACCUUUAGAAUCGCCAGCUUCCGAAACCUUGCAGCCAGCGAAAAAACAAAAGGUUUUCCAUUCUGAUCAAAGUAUUGAGCAACUCAAUGAUGUUACUGCUGUCAGUGGAGUUAAUCUGCGGGAAGAGGAAGAACAACUAUUUUCGGGUACCAAGGAAGACAGUAGAGUCUCAGAAGCAUCUCGUAGGGUUGUGCAAGAAGAAGAAGAAAGGUUGUUUUUGCAGAAAGUUCCACUCCAAAAGAAAAUGACAGAAAUCAUGAAUAAAUGGGGGGUGAAGAGUAUAAGCAAUGAUGUGGAACGAUGCCUGUCACUGAGUGUAGAGGAACGUUUGCGUGCGCUGAUAAGUAAUAUGGUGAGGCUAUCGAAACAGCGGGUUAGUAUUGAGAAGGCAAGACACCGAACUAUCGUCACCUUGGAUGUACGCCAACAAAUUGUAGCAAUGAACUUGAAAGCUAGGGAAGAAUGGGAUAAGACACAGGGUGACCCAGAAAAAGGUCAGGGUGUAAAUGAGUCAGAAGGCAAUUCUGGAACUGAUGGAGAUAAGGAUAAGGAUGACACUCGUGCAAGACCAGCUAAGGCCAACAAAGAGGAUGAUGACAAGAUGCGUACAACAGCUGCAAAUGUUGCUGCUCGAGCUGCUGUAGGAGGAGAUGACAUGCUGUCAAAGUGGCAAUUAAUGGCUGAGGCCAGGCAGAAACGCGAAGGAGGGGUUGAUUCUGCUUCAUCUUCUCAGCCAAGUAGAGAGGUAAACCGCAAGCUUGCAUCAGCCCCUGUAAGAAAUGCUAGAGACAACCAAGAUGCUGAGAAAAGGAGUCAAUCAGCUACUGUUGCUACAUCUGGAGCAAUGAGGAAAUCUGGCAAGACUCAGUCCGUGUCUCAAACAGACAUUCUGCGUAGUAUAUCCGUCAAGGAUGUGAUCGCUGCCCUAGAAAGGGAGCCCCAGACUUCUAAGUCUACAUUAAUCUAUCGUCUGUACGCGAAGCUGCAUAAAGAUGUCACAUGUGAAUAAGUGGUGAAUUAUCAAAUAUGCUUGCUCACCUGCAUGUUCACGCUGGUACAUAAAGCCGUAAAAUGUCAGGCUGGCCCGACCUGUUUCACAGUUUCUGACUUGCCCUAAAUCCUUGGCAUCUUUUUUCUGCAACAUACAGCACUGCAUAAAAAUGAAUUACAUACAGGAUGCUUCAUUGCUGCAGCUUGUUAUAGAGAAACAGAUUCAAAAUCGAUGCCAAAGCUCCAUCUUUUUGGUCACCUACUUGUUUCCUUCUGAUCUAGAAGAAUCCUGACAUUAUUUUUUUGCACUUGGAAUAAUCUUUUUGUCCGUGUGACGUAAAAGAAUCCUGACAUUAUUUAUGUGUAGUUGAAAUUUGAAUAAUCUUUUUGUAUAUUAUAAACAGAAGUUGCUCUCUGUAUACAUUGAGUUUACGUUA